GUGCCCACCCCCCUUCCUACUGAAGUCCCCGCUGGAAGCAGGGAAAGUUCAGUGUGGCGUUUGAAAGCGGUGGCUCAAGAGAGAGCAGACAAAGUCAAUUCUGAAGAGAUCCGUGUCCACCGAUCCGGUAAACACCGUCAGCUCUAGACCUGCAUGGCAUGCUGUGGAUUUAAGGACGCUUCUUCCUUGCCGCUCUCCGGGACUCGUGGGUACACAGGCUCGUCUUCUGCCCCGGUUGGCGUCCGAAGUUUCGGUCUCUCAGUUUGUAAUAACGGACUUCAUUCCCACUGGUGGGCUUUUUGCUAUUCCGCCUGUUAGACUUUUUUUUUAAUAACUAGUGGACUUUGUUCGAUCGUGGAUUUAUCCAGUCACGGAAAGAUAACGCACGUUUUGACCUUCAUACGUAAUGGGCCACUAGUGUGGGUCUUCCUAUUCUAUCCGAUUCGGUUGUUUUUUUUGUAUGGACAUUGCUUUGGAGGUGCAAACUCUUUUUUUGACAUAUGACAAAAAAUGAGAAUGGGUGGCUGUCCGUUGAAGAUGGUUAUUUUCCUAUGGUGUCUGCUGGUAAUUUCUGGCUCCAGCUUCGAGAUAGGAUCCUAUGAUCUGGAGCGAGGCAGACCAGCCAAGUGCGAGCCCAUCGUUAUACCAAUGUGCCAAGGGAUCGGCUACAACUUGACCCGCAUGCCCAAUUUCAUGGACCACGACAACCAGAAGGAGGCUGCGAUCAAACUCAACGAGUUUGCCCCGCUGGUGGAGUACGGCUGUGACCCGCAGCUGCGCUUCUUCCUCUGCUCCCUCUAUGCCCCUAUGUGCACGGACAAAGUGUCCACCUCCAUCCCCGCCUGUCGACCCAUGUGCGAGCAGGCCAGGCAGAAGUGUUCCCCCAUCAUGGAGAAGUUUAACUACGCCUGGCCCGACUCUCUGGACUGCUCCAAGCUGCCCACCAGGAACGACCCCAACGCCCUGUGCAUGGAGGCUCCGGAGAACGACACCAGACCCGAGACCAAGAAGGGCGAGGGCAUGCUCCCGGUGCCGCCCCGCCCCCGACAUCCGGGCAGCGGCGGCGGGGGGUCCGGCGGCGGCUCAGGCUCAGGCCACUCGGGCGGCGUCCCAGGGUCCUGCGAGAACCCGGAGAAGUUCCAGUACGUGGAGAAGAGCCAGUCGUGCGCGCCGCGCUGCUCCUCGGCCGUGGACGUGUUCUGGUCGCGGCGGGACAAGGACUUCGCCUUCGUCUGGAUGACGGUGUGGUCCACGCUGUGCUUCGUGUCCACCGCCUUCACCGUGCUCACCUUCCUGCUGGACCCGCACCGCUUCCAGUACCCCGAGCGGCCCAUCAUCUUCCUCUCCAUGUGCUACAACGUCUACUCGGUGGCCUUCAUCAUCCGCUCGGUGGCCGGCGCGGAGAACAUCGCCUGCGACCGGGAGAACGGCGAGCUGUACAUCAUCCAGGAGGGGCUGGAGUCCACGGGCUGCACCAUCGUCUUCCUCAUCCUCUACUACUUCGGCAUGGCCUCGUCCAUCUGGUGGGUGAUCCUCACGCUCACCUGGUUCCUGGCCGCCGGCAAGAAGUGGGGCCACGAGGCCAUCGAGGCCCACAGCAACUACUUCCACAUGGCGGCGUGGGGCGUGCCCGCCCUCAAGACCAUCGUCAUCCUCACCAUGAGGAAGGUGGCGGGCGACGAGCUGACGGGCCUGUGCUACGUGGGCAGCAUGGACGCGGCCGCCCUCACCGGCUUCGUGCUCGUCCCCCUGGCCUGCUACCUGGUGGUGGGCACCUCCUUCAUCCUGACGGGCUUCGUGGCGCUCUUCCACAUCCGCCGCGUGAUGAAGACGGAGGGCACCAACACGGAGAAGCUGGAGAAGCUGAUGGUGAAGAUCGGCGUGUACUCCAUCCUGUACACGGUGCCCGCCACCUGCGUGAUCGUGUGCUACUUCUACGAGCGCCUCAACAUGGACUACUGGCGCUCCCGCGGCCUGGAGGCCCGCUGCGUCUCGCUGCCGGGCCGGAGGAACGAGGGCUGCUCGCUGGACGCCUCGGUGCCGGCGGUGGCCGUGUUCAUGCUGAAGACCUUCAUGUCGCUGGUGGUGGGCAUCACCAGCGGCGUGUGGGUGUGGAGCUCCAAGACACUGCAGACCUGGCAGCUGCUGUGCAGCAGGAAGCUGGCGGCGGACCGGACGCCCGGCGGGGGCAGGAAGCCGUGCGGGGGGGUCACCUGCGGCAGCACGCACUGCCACUACAAGGCCCCCCCCGCCGUGGUCAUGCACAUGGCCAAGCCGGACCCCCACUCGGACAACCCCACGCACGUGUGACGCGCGCGCGCGUGGUGGUGGUGGUGGUGGUGGUGAUGGGGGGAGUGGGUGCUGGGGUCGAAAGCACAGACGAUGUACUGCAUAGAGGGGCGAAGUCACGCCCCUUCGGGUACAGCCCAUGGGACCUAUGAGAUCGAAAAAUAUGAAUGGGGUUCAAUGGAGAGAGAGUAAUUAUUUUCUGGUCCCAGUCUUUAUAUGCCCUGGAUAUCACAUAUGUUGUUUGUGGAUUUAAUGAUAAUUUUUCAUGCAAAGAAAUGUAUCACUUAAAUCCACAAACAACAUAUGUGUAAUCCGUGCAAUAUAAAGACUGGGACCAGAAGAUAAUUACUUUCUCUUCAUUGAAACCCAUACAUAUUUUUCGAUCUCAUAGGGGCGUGACUUGCCCACUCUAUGAGGGCACGCUGACGGGUGUGUGGGGGGGGGGGGUGGGCACUGUGCACGUGCACUCACGUAUGUGUUGCCGCCACGAAAACACAAGCGCACUCAUGUUAACACACACACUUACACUUUGAUGUACCCAAACACUUUAUGCCCUGUGUAAGGAGCUGCUAGAAAAAGACUUUACCUGAACUGACUGAUCUGUCGUUUUCUCUCGCUCUCUCGCUCUCUCUCACUCGCUCUCUGUGCUGUAGCCAAGGGACACAGCGCAGUGGCAUCAGUCAGAAGGAACUAUCAUUAACAGUGUUCAAAGAGACAUUACCAGUGUUGUUAUCUCCUGCGUCUGUCAGGUUGUUUCCUCUGCAGUAGAUAUGCCCAGUAUUGCAGAGAAAAGAGGAGGAGAAGAAGAAUGAAAAUGCAUGGCAAAUGUUUGUAAGGAGAUGUCGUUUUGUGCUCCCUAAAAGUGGCAUGGUUAUCUGUAUAAAUGUGUAUAGAUGUGUUAUUUAUUGUAAAUAUAUUUAAUUUAUGUUUACUUUGGCUCUUACCGGAUCUACUGUUUUAUUUGUUUAGAUGCAUUCAUUAAAGCUUCAGUACUGAAGGUCAAGGGAAAUUAAGUGCCUUUUUCUUUUUUAAAGAAAGGAUAAUAAAUUCUUCAUACACAAUGUUGAACCAAUGUUUGGUGUUUGUUGUGCCUACAUGAAUCAUGAACUGUGUACUGUAACCUAAUCGCAUUAUUCAUAUUGAAGGAUAUUAAAAGGUAUAUAGCCCUGAAACACAUCUCAAACAGCUGCCGUCACCUUGUUCUUCUCAAUCUCCUGCAGCACCUCUGCUUCCCUCCUUGUCACUCUCUUGACACUUCUGACAGCGAGACUGCGCCAAAUGCGUCGGCUUCUUGUAUUUA